AUGCAUUUGAAGCAAAAUACAGAAGGUAACAUUCAGGGUCAUCUGCGGGAGUCAUCUUCACCAGCACACCCCCAGGACAAGCAAAGGCAGGAGGGCCAGCAGGACCCUCAUCGUACUCCGCUGGUAGUGGGAUAUUGUGUGCCUCUUGGGGAUCCAGUGGUGCUUCGCCCACCUCCUCCCGACUCUGGCUCCCAGUCUGAGACAGGGCUCAUCAUUUUAUAUCAAACCUGGGAGCACUUCUGGUGUCCCGAAACUGUCACUCGGAAGUCCUUCCAGGUGGAGUUGGAGCCCGACAUAACAGAGAGAGCUCAGCAGUCCUCCCAGCACCCAAUGGGACCCAACGGGGCUGAGCUGACGAACUCCAAUUCCCAAGAUGCCCUGAGGGAAUCCAUACUGACACCUCAAUGUCCUGUCCUGUCCUUCUAUAGCAUGGGCUUGGAGAGUUGUGGCUUCUCCUUGCCAUUUGCUUAUGGCAGACCACAACAGGCACCAAAUGAGGAAAAACUGAAGAAGUCGACAUCCGAUUUGAUACCAACCUCUUUGCAAUCUGCUUCCCUGGCUGUGACGAAUCAAACCAAAAUGGAUGCUAUUAACACUCAACAGGUGCAUAAUAGUAAUUCUGUGGAUGUGUAUGUUUGCCAGGAGUGGACCAAAACUGUGCUGAAAUCUGAAGGCGAUUCAGGAAGUCAGAUGACACAGAAGCCAUACUCAUGUUCUGAAUGUGAUAAACGAUUUUCACGAGUGAGCCAUCUUCAGAUCCACACAAGAAUUCAUACGGGAGAGAAACCAUUUUGUUGUUCUGACUGUGGCAAACGAUUCUCUGACAACAGCAGCUUUCGCAAACACACUAGGAUUCACACAGGAGAGAAGCCGUACUCCUGUUCUGAAUGUGGAAAAGGAUUCUCACGAUUAGGCAGCCUUCAGGGCCACACGAGAAUUCACACUGGGGAGAAGCCGUACUCCUGCUCUGAAUGUGACAAACGAUUCUCUGACAGGAGCAGCUUUCAGAAACACGUAAGGACUCACACCGGGGAGAAGCCGUAUGGUUGUUUGGAAUGUGGUAAACGAUUCUCUGAGUGGCGAAACCUUCAGAGCCACAUGACGAUUCACACUGGGGAGAGGCCAUACUGCUGUUCCGAGUGUGGGAAACGAUUCUCUGAUCGGAGCAAUCUCCAAAGCCAUGUCAGAAUUCACACCAGAUAUAAUCUCAGCAAUUCAUUUUAAGUCUUGAGGGCCUCAAUUUCACAUUAGUAAGUAACAUCUGAAAUUACAUGAAACCAAAGGAGCUACAAACAGAA